AUGCGAACUGCGCGACUGUCAGGCGACCGUGGCGUGAAGCGGAAACGGCGGGUUGAUUCGAAUGAGAGGAACCGCGAGGGAAGGGAGGAGAGGAGGAGACGAGAGGAAGCGGAAGGAGCAGGUCAUGGUGGGGAGGGUGAAGAUUCGUGGCUGGGAGCGGUAGGUGGGGUGAAGGUGGGGGAUGAGGAAGCGGAGGAGAGGGAGGGGGCCUGGGAGGUGCCUGGGGGGUUGGCGAGAGGCGGCGGAGAGGCUUUGUCGCCUGAUGGUGUGCCGCAUGGCGACGAGAGGAGAGGAGCGAUGGAGGAGGCGGGGUUAGAUGAUGAGCUGGAAGAGGGCGAGGUGGUUGGGGACGAUGAUGAGGAUGAGGAGGAGGAUGGCGAAGAGGAGGAAGAAGAGGGGGAGGGGGAUGGAAGGGGGAAUGAUGAAGGAAGAUGUGUGGAGGACGAAGUGGUAAGUGAGAGGGAGGACGAAGGGUUGAGGAAGGGGGAGGAGGAGGAUGAUGACGUGGAAGGGGAAGGAGAGGAGGAGGGGGAAAGGAGAGUGGGAGAGGGAGUAUGCGGGGAGGAGGACGACGAGGAGAAGGGGCGAGAGGGAGAGGCGAAAAGCGAGGCUGGUUCCUUGGGUGAUGCAGAGAGAGGAGGAGACCGUGGCGGGAGGAGGGAUGCAGUAAGAAAGGGAGGGAAGGAGGUUGCGGUGAGUGAGAGGGUAAAUGAUGAUGCACGUACUACCGCUAUGGGCCCCGCAAGGGCAAGGGAGAUUGCGGUAAGGGAGGGAGCGAAUGAAGAAGCAUUGGUCGGCGCACAUGUGAAGGAUGAGAGGUUAGAGACGGGGGACGCGGAGCGUGAGAUUCAGGAAAAACGGGGAAGAGGCGGGUUGGCGAGCGAAGGCAGUGUGGGGAAGCGUGCGGAAGAGGCAGGGGAGCGUGAGACUAAGGAUGGGAAGAGGAGGAGAGAAGAAAGGGACUUGGAUGAGGAGAAGCGCAGGGAGAUCGAUGGCAGGGGGAGUGACGGCGGGGGACCAACAGGUGAGAGCGUCAAGAGAAGGAAAGAGAGUGAGGAGAGGGCGGAGAGGGGAGCGAAGGAGUUGAGUGGAGGAACGCCACAGGAGGCGAAAUUGGGAGCAUGCAUUGCCCAAAGUAAUGGGCGAAAAGGGGGGGCAUCAGAGGCCGGUGCCGCGGUUGUGGGGCGAGGUGGUGAGAGUGGGGGCUUGCUGCUGGCUCCUGGUGUGGUCGCAACUUCUAAAGUGCCUCAGAAGUCCGCUCCUGCUGCUCUGGCAACUUCGAAAGUGCCUCGGAAAUCCGCUCCUGGUGCUCUGGCAACUUUUAAAGCGCCUCAGAAGUCCGCUCCUGGUGCUGUGACAACCUCUAAAGUGCCUCAGGAAUCCGCUCCUGCUGCUCUGGCAGCUCCUAAAGUGCCUCAGAAAUCCACUCCUGCUGCUGUGGCAACUUCUAAAGCGCCUCAAAAGUCCGCUCCUGCUGCUCUGGCAACCUCUAAAGAGCCUCAGGAAUCCGCCCCUGCUGCUCUGGCAACUCCUAAAGUGCCUCAGAAGACCGCUCCUGGUGCUGUGGCAACUCCUAAAGUGCCUCAAAAUUCCGCUCCUGGUGCUCCGGCAACCUCUAAAGUGCCUCAGAAGUCCGCUCCUAGUGUUCUGACAGCAGGUGCAGGCAGGAGCAAUGGUGGUAACGCAGUGAAGGACAUGCAUGGGGACGGACAUGCUGCUUCUGUGGACCCAGGCCGUAGUCCAGUAUCACAGCCGGAUGCAGGUACUGGCGCUGCUGGUCGUGGCAGGGAUACUGCUGAGGGAGCUGUUUGUGCCGGGGGCAGUCGUGGCAAUGCAGGUGCGGGAUCAGUAGGUGCUAGACCGAGGGACGUGCUGCAGCAGGCAGGUGCACAUACCGAGUUCCACAGCAAUGCACAGAACGUGAGGGAGGAGGCAGGGAGAGAGAGCCAAGUAACAGCGCCAAUGCUGCUCGUGAAACCAGAGGCAGCGAGUGAGGAUGAGGGUGAGGAUAGCGAGGAGGAAAGGGAGGAGGGGGAGGAGGAUGAGGAGGAAGGCGCAGGGAGUUGGGAGGAGGUGGAAGAUGAGGAAGAGGAGGAGGAGGGGGAGGAAGAAGAGGCGUGCGGAGUGGUGCGUGCAGGGCAGGAGGCGGGGAGUGGGUUGGAGGGAGUGGUGGUGCCGUCUGCACGCCUGAUGCUGCAGCCUGUGGUGAAGCAGGAGCUGUGCGCACUGGAUGCAGGAGAGUGUGGUGGGGAGGGGGAAGGGGGGUUGGAGGGGGGUAGCCAUAGGGACGUGGGGGUAGGUAAAGGAGUAAAGGCCGAAGAUGAUACGGCGUGUGGUGGUUUGGGGAUAGAGGGCGUGCCUAGGAGCGACUUGGAGAGGAAUGCAAGGCAGCAGCGUGAUGGUGUUGCUGAUGAGCCGUUGCUGGCGCUGCCCUGGGAAGCAUUGCGGUCGAUGCAGUCAACGCAGUCAAUGCAGUCAAUGCAGCAGGUGCCGCUGGUACAGCUGUUACAGUUGCCGGGGGUUUCGCGUGGAGGCGGCUAUAAUGAAGGGUCUGCAGGAGCAGGGGCAGCAGUGGGAGCAGGGGGGCCAGUGGGGGCAGGGGGGCCAGUGGGGGCAGGGGGAGCAGCACUGGCACUGCCGUGGGGGGAUUGGGAGGCGCGGGUGCGAAUGCUGCGGAGGCAGCACAUGCUAUUUGAAAGCAAGGACGUGGAUGGGGAGCAGGCUGAGGUGGACUGGGUGGCGAAGAAGCAAGCAGAGAGGGAGAACCUGGUUCGGCAAGGGCUGGAGCUGCAGCUGCCGUCCAGCCAGGUGGGUGCAGCGGAGGAGGAGGCAGAGGCAGAGAGGAAGGUGCAGGCAGCGUUAAAGACGUUUGGGGGUUACAGAGAGGGGUUAGAGCGAUUUAAGAGGCAGAUGGAGGAGGCCCAGCAGAUGUUGCCUCUGUAUGCGGCUGCUGGGGUUGGUUCUGAUGCUGUUGCUGCUGCGGCUGCUGCUGUUUCUGCUGCGGCUGCUGCUGCUGGUGGUGCAGGUGCCUCUGGUUUCGCUAGUGUCCGUGCUGCCAUUGAGGGUUCUUCUGCUGCGCCCAAUGCCGCUGGAGAUGUCGCCACGGCUGCUGGUUCUGCUCCGGGUUCUUCCCCUCCCUCCUCCCAAAACCCAUCCACUGCAUCCCCCGCAGCAGCAGCAGCAGGCACACCUGCCAGGCGCAAGAGACAGUCCGUGACAAUGGAUGCAUACACCCUAAUGAGCCAGAACAACCAGUUACUCCCCCGGGACAUCAUAGGCCAUGUGCGGGGCGUGCCAGUAGGCUCCACUUUCCCCUCUCGCCUGCACCUCGCAGUGGUGGGCAUGCACACCAAGCACAUGAGCGGGAUUGAUUAUAUCCCGGCCUCCCGCUGCCCGUUCAAAGAGCAUGUGACGACGUGUAUUGUCAUGUCAGGGGGGUAUGAGGAUGAUGAGGAUGAAGGGGAAGAGUUUUGGUAUACGGGGCAGGGGUCUGGGAAUCAGAAGCUGGUGCGGGGGAAUCUGGGGCUUGCGAAUAGUUAUUUCUUGCAGCUGCCUGUGAGGGUGGUGCGCGGGCAGGUGGACGGGCUGGGGAGGAAGGCGUAUGUGUAUGAUGGGCUGUAUCAUGUGCAUGACUUUGCGCAUGUGGUGGGGAAGCAGGGGUGGUAUGUGUACCGGUUUAAGAUGGUGAGGGACCCAGGGCAACCGCAGUUGAAGUCCCAGCUGGUCACGUGGCGUAGGGGGAGGAAGAGGAGACUGCUGACUGGUGGGACACCUGCUGCUGAGGGAGGUGCUGCCGCUGGUGCCGCCGGUGCUGCUGGUGCUGGUGGUGGUGCUGCUGGUGGUGGUGUCAGCGAUGGGUCUGCUGCUGUGGUGGCAGGAGCAGGUGGGAGGGCGUUGGCGUUAACAGCAGGGACGGCGGGUGAACCAUCACCAGCUCCCCCUCUCACGCCCUCUCCCCCACCGCCUCAGCACCCCUCUGCCACUCCAGUGUCUGCUGUUUCCUCUGCUGCUCUUCCCCCCUCGGCCAUUCCCGCUUCGCUUCCCUCAACCCGUCCAUCCGCGCUUCCUUCUGUUGCUCUUUCAUCAGCCCGUGCUGCAGCCCCUCUCCCGGGCAAACCACAGGGACCUUGGCUGGCGCAGGCAUCUGCUCCGUCUUGCCUCGUUCUCCCCUCUCACGCCGCCGCCGCACCUGCUACUGCUCGUACUGCUGCUUCUGCUCCUGCUUCCCCCCGGCCUCUAUGCCUCACAUCCCCUGUUCUACCCUCCUCCGGACCCCCUCCUGUGGCUGCUCCUGCUCUCUCUGCUUGUGUAGCCUUCCCGUCAGCUGCUCCCUCUCUCUCCCCGCCCGCCAUCCCCUCUGCGAGCACUCUUAUUGGCUUCUUUGGCCUGCAGAAACCAUACUUCGGUUUCUCAUCAUCUUAA